CGUCAAAUGGUUAGUAACAAUUUCCGAAUAAAUGUUGUUAAAGAGAGCUAACAGUGUAUAAAAUAGUAUAUUUAAGUGCUCACUUGGAAAUUAAUUUACUUUCCUUGUAUUGGAUGUAUAGCAGGCGAUAUAUGAACAUUCCUUAGAUAUAUCAACUAAUGUUUUUCUAGGCUAAGCUUAUCACAUAAAAUGGGUGGUUUAUUUAGUUAUUUUAGAGGCUUGCUAGGGGCUCGGGAAAUGAGGAUUUUAAUUCUCGGUCUUGACGGCGCCGGGAAAACUACAAUAUUGUAUAAACUGCAAGUUGGGGAGGUAGUGACUACUAUACCCACAAUAGGUUUUAAUGUAGAGCAAGUCACGUACAAAAAUCUAAAAUUCCAAGUAUGGGACCUUGGAGGACAAACAAGUAUCAGACCAUACUGGCGGUGUUACUAUGGAAACACAGAUGCAAUCAUAUAUGUUGUGGACUCGGCUGAUAGAGAUCGAAUAGGAAUUUCUAAAGAUGAACUAGUACACAUGUUACGAGAAGAAGAGCUUGCGAACGCAAUUCUAGUGGUGCUAGCGAACAAGCAGGAUAUGACAGGUUGUUUAACGGUGGCCGAGGUGCACCAGGCGCUGGGUUUGGACGCUUUACGUGACCGCACAUUCCAGAUAUUCAAAACAUCUGCAGUGCGAGGAGAAGGGCUCGACCAGGCGAUGGAUUGGUUAUCCAAUGCAUUACAAGCUAGGAAAUAAAUAUGAGGACAUGCAUUUCAAAUAAAAUACAUUGAUAAAUCAGUUUGGCGCGAGUGUGGGAGCUGUCUUAGUCGUCUUAAGCCAAUAGAGUAGCUAGCGUCGUCAUUGAUGGACUGUCAACUUUAUUUUAAACCGUAUAAAUGUCAAAUCGCAUAUUAAAAAUAUCAUAUUAGGAAAUACGAAGUUUUUAUUUAAAAAAAAAAGUGUGAUAUUAUCUAGUUUUCGUUCGCUUACUGUACAUUGUAAUAAAGUUAUUUUAACGGAUAAAUGACUUUUAUUUUAUAAUUUAUUCUUAUUUAUGUAAUUCGUUUGUAUGUAUCCGUUAAAAUUAUUUUAUUUCUCAAUGUUUUUGUAUAUGGUGUCAUCAAUUAAUUAAACUUGUCAAUAUAUAUUUGAAUAUUUUGGACUGGUCUCAUGAGAGAGGACUUAAGAGCACAGCACAAUACAAUGUGCACUUGUAAUGUUUAUAAUUUAUUAACACAUUGUGAGAUCGCAUAUAUUUACUUAUUUUAUUGAAACAAUUAAAUUAAAUAGUUUUAGCGAAAAGAAAAUGUUAGAAAUAUGAUAACUUUGAAGGAUAUGUCAUUCACAUUAUAUAUAAUAACAAUAUUAUUAAAAUUAAAUACAACGUAUAUAAUAAAUAUAUUUAAUAACAUGUCUUUAUUUUUGAUGAUUAUCGUUUACGGUUAAUAUAUUCAAGUAACAAUUCGUUUCGCUUACGGAGAGUAAAAUUGGCUACAAGGCGUUAUUGCGAAGCUACCAUUGGCUUGCUACUUACUGAUAAGAAAGCUAUGAAUCAAUCAAAAAACACGACAAAUACUGUACUAAAGUCUUGCACCCUAUUGUUCGACGUGCGAGACAAGAUAUAAUCGUAUUCGACAUGUAAGACAAUCCUUAAAAAAUAUUGGGCUAAUGAGGAUCACAAGGGAGCUAAUUCCGUGGAAUGAAAUUGGGAUUCUAAACAUGUAAACAUCAAUGAGACAAUUCUACUAUCUGUAAGCAAAAUGAAUCGUUUUUUAAUGUAUACCCGUUUCUUUGUUUUUAAUUUAUUCUAGCACAAAAUAUAAUUUAAAAAAGGAACGAUUAACGCUACCGUGUUUUUACGUUGAUAUUUUCUUAACGGACUAGUUGUAGUUGUAGAUUACAUUACUCGGAUGUUUUAAUUUAAAUUCGAAAAUAGAUUGAAGUAGUCUUAUUUACCUAUAUUCAAUUUUUUUUAAUAAAUUAUUUUAAUAUUGGGAAAAAAAACACAGAUCACUUCACGCGUUUCAAGCGUCCGCGAUGCAUUUUUAUUUGUUAAGUAAUUAAAUUCGUGCGAUUUAGACACAUUAGAAUUAAUAUACUUGCUAUGUCGCAAAGAAAUUAAGUUAUCGCUUUUCUAUUACAAGAAUAAGUAGGUACAUAAAUGCAUCACUCUUUUAUAUAUGUCCUGUAUGUUAAUAAAGUAAUAUUAAAAUCCCAUAAUUUAAGAACUUUAUUGAUAUAGCUAUCAAGUAAUUCGAAGAAGAUAUUUUAAGACAUUGGUUCUUUUUAGACUUGGUGAAAUAUAUCCGUUAAAGCGGCUCUUGGCUACGUAUAUUAAUAAAACAUGGAUAACAUUACUUUUUUGGGUGUUAUUCGUAUAUUGAGAGGCAGAUGGUGUAAGUACUAAGCGCGGCAAAAUGUAUGAAAACAUGCCCGAGGCAUAACACAGUUGCAGCGCCGUUUAUGAAUAAAAUUGCUUAUUAUGCAGGAAAUCGUAAUAAGCGGGUUUUACUGUAAUAGCGUGUGCAAACAUAUCAAGAUUUGUUUGACCAUUAAAUAUGCAUUAUGAAAAUUUAAACUGAUAAAAAAUAAGUGAAGUGUACGAUUUUUUUUAUAUUAUUAAUCCUAUUAGCAACUCUGAUUAUUUAUCCGGUAAUUCUGACAGGACGUUGGUGUUUAUUUGAUUGAUGACUACCGACAUAGUAAAAACUAAUAUAAGCAUAUGAUUAAUUACGGCGACGCUUCUUGAUAUAUAAUUGAUAACAAAUUGUCUAUUGAAGUAUGUGAGUGGGUGGCGAAGGAUGGUUUAUAUAAGUUAUUCGGAAUAUACUUAAUAUAUAUUUUGUAUCUGUGACAUUCAGAAAAAUAUCGGUAAUUUAUAAUCUAUCGAUACAAGAAUUGUUUUAAAUACAUUAUCCAAUAAUA